GAAUUUCAGUAAGAUAGACUACGGCGACGACGAGGAAGAAGACGAUAAUGAUGGUGAUGGAGAGGGUUUCGGGACGUUUGUUGUGAAAUCGACGUUGAGUGGGACGGUAGUGAGGAAGAGUGGGGAUACUGGAGGAAGUGGUAGUGGAUCAACUAUGGGGAGAGCGGUGGCGAGCAUGCAGGCAGUUGGGGAUUUAGUGUUUGGGAAACAGAAGAGGAGGAGUGGUUCAUUGUCUUCGCAGGGUGAUGAGUACAAGCACCAUCAGCACACUAAAGUAUCUGCAAGCUUGAUUCCAGAGAGUGUGAUAAGAGAAGAUCCAACGACUAAGUAUGAAUUGCUCAAUGAACUAGGGAAGGGGUCAUAUGGAGCUGUUUACAAAGCAAGGGAUUUAAGAACCUCUGAACUUGUCGCAAUCAAAGUCAUAUCAUUAUCUGAGGGAGAAGAGGGUUAUGAAGAAAUUCGUGGUGAAAUCGAGAUGUUGCAGCAGUGUAGCCAUCCAAAUGUUGUGCGGUACCUAGGGAGUUAUCAAGGUGAAGAGUAUCUCUGGAUAGUUAUGGAGUACUGUGGAGGGGAAGUGUUGCUGACUUAAUGAAUGUCACUGAGGAGGCGUUGGAGGAGAAUCAGAUAGCAUACAUAUGUAGAGAAGCUAUAAAGGGCCUUGGUUAUUUGCAUUCAAUUUUCAAAGUGCAUAGAGAUAUCAAAGGCGGGAAUAUUUUACUUACUGAACAGGGAGAGGUCAAGCUGGGUGAUUUUGGGGUUGCUGCACAGCUUACAAGGACCAUGUCAAAGCGCAACACGUUCAUCGGUAUGCCACAUUGGAUGGCACCUGAAGUAAUUCAGGAAAGCCGCUAUGACGGGGGAAGGUAGAUGUAUGGGCUCUUGGUGUUUCGGCAAUUGAGAUGGCUGAGGGUCUUCCUCCAAGAUCAGCCGUACAUCCCAUGAGGGUUUUAUUCAUGAUCUCUAUUGAACCUGCUCCAAUGCUUGAGGAUAAAGAGAAGUGGUCACUUAUCUUCCCUGAUUUUGUUGCAAAGUGCCUCACAAAGGAACCACGUUCACGUCCACCUGCAUUUGAAUUGUUGCAGCACAAAUUCAUCGAAAGAUGCAAAGUUGGAGCCUCCGCAAUGUUGCCUAAGAUUGAAAAAGCUAGAAGAAUAAGGGCAGCAAUCGCUAUGCAACCACAAUAUCUUGAUCCAGGUGUUUCAGAGCCACCAGAAGGAUCAAAUUUGAAUCCUGAUUAUUUUGGGAGCACAGUUCCUGCAAGGAGACUGCAGGAAGCAAGUGAAUUGCCCAGCUCAUCAGAUGCCGGGCAAUUUGCUGUUGAAGGUGAUUUUGGUACAUUUAUAGUUCAUGGUGGAGAGGCGAGGAAUAAGACAAUGAAGCAGAACCAAUUCAACUCUACGAGAGAAACCCCUCACGAUCUUAGGCACACAGAAGAUGCUUCGGUUAGCGGAGGAGGCCACUCAUCUAAAUCCUGGAUUGACAGUACCAAUAGUGUAACUGCAAACAAGAUUUUGCCUGGUGAUGCAUCACAGACUAUUAAGGCGUUAGCAUCUCCUCGUGCAACAUCCUCUGAGACUCCCAGGGCGAACAACUUAUCUCAAACAGUUGGAGGUGGUGAUGUAGGAAUGAGUAGCAGAACUUUAAAAGGUGAAACUGCCAGCAAACGAGUCUUUGCAUUGCAGGAUAAGCUUUGGUCCAUAUAUGCAGCCGGCAAUACUGUACAUAUUCCGUUCUUAAGGGCAACCGAUAUAUCACCCAUUGCUCUUUUGACAGACAAUGUCUUAGGAGCGAGGUACUAACCAUGAUAAUGGUGGAGCCGCUGCUGCAGAAGCACUGCAAGAGCUUUUUACUGGUGAUGGUUUGUCCAAAAAGGGUCGAACGGUACAAAAUGAGGUACUUCCUCCCUUCUCAGCCUGCUGGAGAACAGAAGAAUUUUAGGGUGUGUUUGUUUCAUCUCAUGCUAAAAAAUAACUGUGCGAUGUUAAAAAUCUUUGAUAAGAUAUG